AUGUUACAAACUUCCGCUUUAGCAGCCAACUUUUACGAUAUCCUGGUCCUUCUUAUUUUCUCCCUUCUAACUUACAUCUUGUACUUCUAUAUUUGCUACUUUACUCGUUCUAGCCCACUUCCAGGUCCCAUUCCACUCCCAAUUAUCGGCAACGUGUUUUCGUAUCCGGGAGACGCUGAUAAAUGGGCCCAACAGUUACAAAAGAAAUACGGCGAUAUAUAUGAAAUUUACCUUGGUUCUGCCCGCACUGUUUGGCUAAACCGUUCUGACCUUGUGCAAAAGAUUAUGUCCACGUCUUCAGAAAACCACUUUCGUUUUCGUACUAUUGAACAUGAUGGAAUGAACGAUUUAGGUAUGACCACCAAAGGAUUGUUUUUUAAUAGAAUCGAAGAAGAUGCAUUAUACCAUCGAAAAUUCUUCGCGAAAACCAUCAUGACGCCUCAAAUGGGAAAAGAUGCUGUUGAUUUCAUGCAAGUUGCAUUCAACGAGAUGGAGUUUUUUUUGAAAGAUUAUGGUUGUUUCGACGAAAGCACUGAAAUCGACUUUGCUGGAUGGAUGCACCGACUUAUGUUUGAGAUUAUCAUCAAAUUAACUACCACUUCACGUGUAUACGCACUUACCAAUUAUUACAACUCGUUAAAUCCAAGCAAGAAAACUUUGGUACCUGAGAACGAAUUUCUGAACACCGAAAAAUUCGUGAACAGUAUAAAAAAGUUUUUUGAUAGUUGGGUCUUCUUUUUAUUUACGAUAAAAAUUAUGAGAGGUAUUCCGGGAAUACGCAGGACUCGUAAAAAAUUAUUGGAAGAGAAAAAUUGGUAUUAUAAGAGUGUGUUGGAGAUUGUAAAGAUGCGGCGAGGGCAAAUUGAACAGAGCGAUCGCGAUUCAUUGUCAAAGGAUAUGUUAACACAGUUUUUGACCGUCAAUACGACAAAGGAUGUUACAAAAGGAAUUUCGGAUGAACAUUAUAGGGAAUCGAUGUCUGAUGAGGCUAUCGCAGGAAACAUGAUUGAAAUAUUGGGUGGUGGUACCGUUACGACUUCAAACACCAUAUGCUACAUUAUUCACCACGUAGCCCAUUAUCCGGAGGUACAACAAAGGAUUCGUCAAGAAUUGGAUGAUGUAUUGGGCACCGAUCGGGACUCAAAAAUCACUUUUGAAGAUUUGAACAAACUCAAAUAUUGCGAAGCCGUCAUAAACGAAGUUUCUCGCAUAUGGCCUACUGUUCCCAUUAAUCUUCGGGCAUCUACAAAACCUGAUGUUAUUGGAAAUCAUAAAUUUCCAGCAAACACGCAAUUUGUUAUUAAUCAACGAGGGAUUCAUUUACACCAUCAAAACUGGAACAAUCCAUUGGAAUUUAAUCCAUCAAGGUUCUUGACCGACGGAGAGUCUAAAGUACAUAAAAAUGCAUUCUUGAUGUUUGGUGGUGGUGUUAAAAAGUGCCCCGGAAGAAAUUUAGCAAUGGUUGAAAUGAAAACUAUGAUGGCUUUAAUUUACAGAAAAUAUGAUAUUGUUUUAGUCAAUCACGAAUCCAUCAAGUACCACUAUGCAUUUGUACGACAGUGUGAUGAAAUGAAGGUUAAAGUUAGACAAAGAAGUGCGUAA